GUUCGCGAGCGCGGAACUUUUCAGAAAACCCUCGCUCGCUCAAAGCACUGUACUAUCUCAAAUUCCUUUCAGAAAACCCUCUCCCUCACAUCGAUGAAGCACAUCUCCCUCUCGCCGUCCACCGAACUAGCCGAGAUCGCCAUCUCUGUCAUGCCGUUUAGGACACUAAGUUCGCCGAGAUCACCAUCUCUAUCGCGCUGUUCAGUCCACCAAGCUCCCUACGUUCGCCAUCUCCCUUGUGCUUCCCAUGGCAGUUACCCUUCCUCGUCGCGACCAUUUUUAAGCCCUCAUAUACAUUCCCAUCUUCCAUUUUACGAGCUUUAGAUUAGAUCUUCUUCCUCAUAGAUCAGAAAGGUUUUACCUUUGCAGAAAGUUGACGCACAUGUCAACACUAUCCAUGAACUUUGCCCUUUGUUGCUCUGAGAAGAUAUGGAUGCUUUGCCCAUUCAGGAAUUGGUGGAAUGGGAGCACAAGAGCAAAGCGGACGGAAAAAUGCAUGCUUGUGGCCACGACGCACAUGUUGCCAUGCUUCUUGAUUUCUCUAAGACAGUCAAUGAAGUCCACCCAAGCUUGAGUGAUCACUCCUUUGCUCAUUCCAAGAACUCUCAGGUCCUGGCUCUUAAAGGAUCUUAUCAUGGUGAUACUUUGGGUGCUAUGGAAGCACAAGCACCAUCAUCUUACCCAGGCUUCCUCCAACAACCAUGUUUCCUAGGCCAUGGAAGUGAUUCUAACGAAGCUACUCCUAGUGGUAAAAGUUGAAGAAAGGCAGAGGAAAAUUGGUGAUGAUGAAUGUACAUAUGGAUGACUUGAAGGAUAAUUAAGUAUAGGAAUUUUGAUGUGUUUAUUGUAAUUAGGCUUGCAGCUUGCAGCU